CCACAACUCCUCUUUGAACUCAUGCUGUCAGACAUAAGAGAUGACAAUGGAAUUAGAAGACAUUUAUGAAAAUAUUGAAAAUGUACAUAUGAAGGACACAUGUGCACCUCAAUGCCAGGAUGAAGGAAAAGCUCGAAAGCAAAGAGGAAGUAGAUGUUUGGUGUUGAUCACAGUGUGUCUCGGGCUCAUUUGUGUUCUUCUGCUGGUCUUCACCAUACUGCAGCACAUCACCAUCACAGCAGAGAGAGACCUGAAAAAGAUUUACAAGAACACAGUUGAAGAGCUCAAUCUAACCAUCAACAGCUUACAAGACAAUUACACUGAUUUAACACAGCAGAACCUGGCGAAAAAACAAUUAGAGAGAGCUUAUGACUCUUUGAAUAAGACGUGCACGUUUAGUUUUUUCAUGUCCACUGAGUUGAGCUGGUCUGAGAGCAAACAAUACUGCAGGGAUCGUGGAGCUGAUCUGGCCAUUAUUAACACUGAAUUGAAGCAGAGGUUCAUAUCUUCUUUAGUCAAAGAGAUUGUGUGGAUUGGUUUGUCUGACAUACAGCAGGAGGGCAUCAUGAAAUGGGUGGAUAAUUCAACACUGAAUCAAGGGUUUUGGGAGAGCAAUGAGCCGAAUGACGCUGGUGGAAAUGAAGACUGCAUUGAACUGAAUCCUUCAAAACCUCUCCUGAACAACUGGAAUGAUGUCCCAUGCACAAAUAAAAGAAAAUGGAUCUGUGAGAAUUAUUGUGACAGGUUUAGCAAUUUGGAUGUUUCCCAGCAAACAGUUUUGCAUUUAAAAGUCAUCUUUUAGCCGUCUAAACACAAAGUUUCAAAAUGACCAGUAAAGGAAUUAUUUUUUACAUUUCUGAGUAUUGACACCACAAUGUUGGAUUAAUCAUGCACAUUUUGUGGGCUUUACCUGUCCAGCGUGCUUCCGGCACUGUCUUUGAGGUUUCUUCCUUCAGUUCUGCACAACUUUGACACCUGAAAAAUACAUGCCGUCAGGCGGGUAGUAGUAUAUGUGUCUUGUGUACAAGUGUUUACAAACCUAUAAACAUUGAUGCCCACUGACCUGCAAGUUUUCUAUCACUAACCCUUUAAACCUCUUUA